UCCCCGUGCACCCUAACCAUCCUUAAUCGUGUCUGAACCAGCUCAACUCCACUAUGGGGUUACUCACAGGAAUUGGCGCUGCUGUUGUUGGAGCAACUGUUUCAGUGGCAGCCACGCCCGUGGUCCUGGGCGCUUUGGGCUUCGCCGCGGGGGGCAUCGCUGCCUCCUCCAUCGCUUCCAGCAUGAUGUCUGCCGCGGCCGUGGCCAAUGGGGGUGGAGUGGCUGCGGGCAGCCUGGUGGCCACGCUGCAGUCCGCGGGUGCUGCGGGACUCGCCGCAUCAACCAAUGCCAUCCUGGGAACAGCUGGGGCGGGUGUGGGUGCCUUGGUAGCUCGCCUAGGAAGAGGAGACAUUCUCCCUGCAGUGAAGCGCAUUGCUGAGGAGGAUCUCCUGGCAAACCCUCACCCUAACACAUCCCUGGAGAUGGAAUAUGAAUAUAAGCUGCUGAAAGGAAUUCGCACUGUUGUUGGAGCAACUGUUGCAGUGUCCUCCAGGCCUAUAGUCCUAGGCUGGUUAGGCUUCACCGCGGGGGGCAUUGCUGCCGCCAUCACUUCCAGCAUGAAGUCUAGGGCGGCCAUUGCCAAUGGGGGUAGAGUGGCUGUGAACAGCCUGGUGUCCAAGCUGCAGUCUACGGGGUUUGAGGUGUGA